AGGGCCAACGUGAGCCGGCAACAUGGUGGCCGCCAAGAAGACAAAAAAGUCGUUAGAGUCCAUAAACUCUAGACUUCAGCUGGUUAUGAAAAGUGGUAAAUAUGUACUUGGAUAUAAACAAAUUCUGAAAAUAAUUCGGCAGGACAAAGCCAAGUUGGUUAUCCUAGCCAAUAACUGUCCUGCUUUGAGAAAAUCAGAAAUUGAGUACUAUGCUAUGUUGGCCAGAACUGGUGUGCAUCACUACAGUGGCAACAAUAUUGAACUGGGAACACCUUGUGGGAAGUUCUACAGAGUAUGUACACUUUCUAUAAUUGACCAAGGUGACUCUGACAUCAUUAGACGCAUGCCAGAACAAAACACUGAGAAGUAA